AUGAGUUUGCACUACGACCCUUUGCGGCAUGAGCCGACAGCGGCCAGCAGGAACGCAGGAAUGCCUUCACAAUUUGUGAACUUCCCCAAGCUGCCGCCAGAACUUCGAACCAUGGUCUGGGAGUAUUCUCUCCCAGAAGGACGGGUCUAUGAGGUUUUGGAUGCGCCACACGCAAAAGCAAAGACGCCAGCUCAGGAGGGCUUGAUGUUUGCCAAUGUCCAUCCGGAGCCGCCCCCGGCACUGGCCGCUGCUUGCCGCGAAUCACGUUACAUUGCACUACAUCGGUAUAAGCCGCUCACGUUAGGAAAGACGACCAAGUUUAUCGACCUGUCGCGGGAUAUGCUCCUGCUGGAGCCAUACUUACUAGUUAAAAGGUUACACCGAACCCUGCAGUUCAUGAGCCAAAUUCCCUUGGUUCGCGACAACCUCACCAGGCUGGCCAUGGGCACCUCGUACGGUGUGUACACGGGCAUCUGCCAUCCGGUCCUCAACUGGAAGGUCUCGAAGAGCAACAUGGGAAAGCUUGUGGCCCGGCUGGCGGAUUUCCCUAGCCUCAAGGCGCUGGUGUUCGUGGUGCAUCAAGAGUUCCAGUUCGAGUUCGACUUUGCGCGACAUUCUAAUUUCCACGGCUACAACCCGCACUUGCAGAUGCAACAAUAUCAUUACCAACAAGCGGCUACGGGGCCAACGAUGCAGGCACAGCUGUCGCAACCACCCCAAACACUUCAUUCUUCUGCUACACCAACAGCGCCUCUAUACAACAUGCCAUCUACAAACGUGCUGGCGCCAUCACAACCGCAGGUUAUACACCAGGCGUACCGAUUCAAGUUCGACAUCGAAGCAAACAUAAAUCAACACCCGCACCGCCCCCACCUCAACGAAGUAUUAUUUUAUCCACUCGAUGUGGACGAGGAUAAGGACGACACCUGGGAUCUGAACGCUGCAAUGGCCGUAGGCGAGGAUGCUUCUGCCUGGUGCUUAGAUGACCCUUGGCCGACGAACGACGACUACAGGCGGUUCAGGAAACGGUUCGCCCGAGCUGUGGGUCUGGCACUCGAACUCGAUCUAGUCGACGGAAAGAGGCCAAAAGUCAUCCCGGCGCUUCAGGGGGCUAGUUUGUUGUGGAGGUACACAAAGGGGAGGUAUUCAUGA